AUGUCAGGCUAUAACAUUGUUUGGGUAUUCUUUGGUGUCGCCAUCGUAUCUGCUUUGGCCUAUGUGUUUACUCCCAAGGGAAAUGAUCAAACUGUCAUCAGAACUGUUAUCAUCAUGUCACUCAUCUGCUGCUACUUGAUGUGGGCUGUUACUUACCUUGCUCAGUUGCAUCCUCUCAUCUUCCCCAAGAAGGUUGGACUUCGACCUCCUCAUCACGAAUAA